AUGGCUGCCACUGCAACUGCCUCUAGUGGUCCUCGAUAUGCUCCGGAGGACCCCACUCUUCCCAAACCGUGGAGAGGAUUGGUUGAUGGUAAAACUGGGUAUCUUUACUUUUGGAACCCCGAGACUAAUGUUACCCAAUAUGACAGGCCUGCGGGCUCAGCUCCUCCAUUAAAGCCGUCUUCGGCACAAUCUAUAAGUUCUUCAGUUCAUGUUCAACAAUCUUCACAAGGACGUCGUCCUGAUGAGGGAGAUGAUAGGUAUGGCAGAGGCAGCAAUGGUGGGUCAAAAUUUGACGCUGGACCAAGAAAUCAGCAGAGUGCAAGAAGUGCAACAGUUUCUUCUCAUAAUACCACGAAUGGGACACUUAGUGCACUUGGAGGAUCUUCUCUGAGAGGAAAUGUAUCAUCAGACACUGGAAUUGGUUUGUCUGCUGAGGCUUAUAGUCGUCGACAUGAAAUAUCUGUUAUUGGUGAUAAUGUGCCUCCACCCUUCACUUCAUUUGAAGCUACUGGCUUCCCAUCCGAGAUUCUUAGAGAGGUACAAAAUGCAGGUUUUUCUUCCCCAACUCCAAUUCAGGCACAGUCUUGGCCGGUUGCUCUUCAAAGUAGAGAUAUAGUAGCCAUUGCUAAAACAGGUUCAGGGAAGACCUUGGGGUAUUUACUUCCAGGAUUCAUCCAUCUCAAGCGCAGUCGUAAUGACCCUCAGAUGGGUCCCACUGUGUUGGUGUUAUCACCAACAAGGGAGCUGGCAACGCAGAUUCAAGAUGAGGCGGUGAAGUUCGGGAAGUCCUCAAGGAUAUCUUGUGUGUGUUUGUAUGGAGGAGCUCCAAAAGGUCCACAGUUGAGAGAUAUUGACCGAGGAGCCGAUGUUGUGGUUGCCACUCCUGGCCGCUUGAAUGAUAUUCUUGAAAUGAAGAGAAUCAGCCUCCAUCAAGUUUCGUACUUAGUGUUGGAUGAGGCUGACCGUAUGCUGGACAUGGGUUUUGAACCUCAAAUAAGGAAGAUUGUGAAUGAGGUACCUGCUCGCCGCCAGACCCUAAUGUAUACAGCAACUUGGCCAAAGGAGGUUCGCAAGAUUGCAGCAGAUCUGCUGGUCAAUCCUGUUCAGGUUAACAUUGGCAAUGUUGAUGAACUGGUUGCGAAUAAAUCCAUCACACAGUAUAUUGAAGUACUCGCCCCAAUGGAGAAACACAGGCGACUGGAGCAAAUAUUGCGAUCUCAAGAGCCAGGAUCCAAAAUAAUAAUCUUUUGUUCAACCAAGAAGAUGUGCGAUCAACUUUCUCGCAACCUAACCCGCCAGUUUGGAGCUGCUGCAAUUCAUGGUGACAAAUCUCAGAGUGAGAGGGACUAUGUGUUGAAUCAAUUUCGCUCUGGGAGGACUCCAAUUCUUGUAGCAACUGAUGUUGCAGCUCGAGGAUUGGACAUCAAGGACAUAAGGGUGGUUAUCAACUACGACUUCCCCACUGGAGUGGAGGAUUAUGUUCACAGAAUUGGGAGAACUGGAAGAGCUGGUGCCACUGGGCUGGCUUACACAUUCUUCGGUGAUCAGGAUUCAAAGUAUGCAUCAGAUCUCAUCAAAGUUUUGGAAGGGGCAAAUCAGCGUGUCCCCCCAGAAAUUCGUGAGAUGGCUACCCGUGGUGGUGGGAUGAACAGGUUCAGACGUUGGGGUUCUGGAUCUGGUGGCCGUGAUGGGGGUCGUGGUGGACGAAAUGAUUCAAGUUAUGGUGGAAGGGAUGGUGGGAGGGGAGGCGGAUGGGGAUUUACUCCCUCUUCUGGCAGGUAUGACCGUGGCCACAACAAUGGGUAUGAUAGAGGCCGAAGCCCUGACAAGGGGUCAGGACAUAGAGGCUCUAACCGCAGCCGUAGUCGUAGUCUUGAGAGGUUCGACAAGGCUCUGCCUACAGGUGGAGGCUCUGCAGGGUGGAGUUUUCACAAAGCAAUGAUGGAACGUGAACGGUCAUCGCCGCCACCUCCACGCUCACUCCCGUAUGGUGGUGGGGUGGAUGAAGCUGAGGAAGGUAUGAUACCUCAAGAAGAGGAGGGUGGGUAUCAUAUUGCAAAUGCAUAA